AAUACCAACGGCAGCAGAAGGACGCGUUUUGCGUUUAUUAAAAGUAAAAUCUCAGAAAAGUAAUUUUAGUCUGUCGUUGCAGCUUGACCCAUACAAUUCUCUUCCUUUCACAACGGAUCUUUUUUUUUAGUUAGUUCCCGUCCAUUUUUAAUUUUAACAGUGUGUAGAAACUAAUACAUUUUCUCCCUCAAAUUUGUGUACGUUGAUAUGAAAAUAGAAAAGAUAUCGUUCACCGGUACGCAAAAUCUAUAGAAAUCAGCAAAGUGACCAUGAAAAAUGACGUGAAACACAGCAACGUGAUAGAAAAUGUAUGAAAUUUUCCCAUAUUUAAAAAGAAUCAUAUUAUGUAACAAGUUUUAACCGAAACGGAGUAAAGCGUGGCAGUAACGAAAAAAGUGAAACGAAAAGAAAGGUUACCGAGUGCGCAAGAAAUAAUCGGCGAUAGUCUGCUCAUUCUGGUCAGUGGUGCGCGAAACCAAAAAUAAUAAUAAUAAAACAAGCCAAAAAUUGUCGAAACGCUCAGAGGCCGGCGUUUUUUCUUAGCAGGGCGAAAAACAAAAAUAGAGGUGAAUGUAAUAAACCAGAAGAAAACCUGUAGCGAAGAGUGAGUGUGUCAGCCGACGGAAGGCGACAUAGAAAUAAAAUAAAAGAAAAGUGAAAUCCAAUUUCCAAAAUCAUCACCAAAAUGGCAACCACGGUGAAUAAUCCAACCGAAUCGAGCGGAGGCACUUUGGGCACGCGGAAAACUCUGAUCAUUAUGGUAACGGUGGUUGGAUGCAUCGCGAUCCUGUGGCCAAAGGUUUUCUACCCAAUGAUGACCGGCCCUGGACAGACCAAACCCGUCAUCAAGGAUCAUCGCGGACCAGGUUGUUGCGAUGUUGUGUUAGAUCAGGAAACGUUCGCCAAUACGUCCAUCAAUGUUCCCAAUCAGCACAGUCUGUUCCGAAAACGAAUUGUGGGACCUGUGGCAGAAGAUAUUAGUAUACGCCAAGAACGACCCCCACACCUUCGGCCUGAAACGAUACAUCCAGCCAUGCGAGAACGCGGUCGAGCUAUUCCACAAGUAGGAUCGAUUCACAGCGAUCGACCAUCAUCACCACCAAGGAUAGUUGAAGGCAGGCCUGGUCCCAUACCUGGUAUGCGACCGCCUAUGGGAGCUGGAUCACAUCAGCCAACCAAAUCCGCCAACUCAAUGGGUUUCAUAAUGCCACUCUACACCAUCGGUAUUGUUUCAUUCUUCAUCUACACAAUACUGAAACUCGUAUUCAAGAAGACUCCUCCUACGCCUUAUCCAGAGAUAAAACCAGACUCGACGUUCAGAAAUGAAGUCUUCACAGAGCCAUACAUCAAACGACCUGAAAGUGGCAACACGAAGCUGGGACAACCAAUCAUCAAUGCAGAUAAUGGUGUUCCGGCGUCAACUGUACAGGCAGAAAUCAGUGGUGACUAUGAGAAGCUGGUUUCGAAACCGGAUCGUCCUGCAACGACAGACGCUGACGUAGUCCAACAGGAGCGAAAUGCUCAAGCACUGGAAAAGAACUAUAACGAGGAAGUUAUCACCAACGAUGACUUUGUACAGCUAAGCAACGAUCCCACUACCGAGCAGGUAGUUGAUGGAUUUGUUGUGCGGAAUGACGAAGAAAGAACAGUACAUCAAUAUUUCGAACAAGAAGUGUUAUCAGAAGUAGAGGACAAGCUUAACGAAGCGGCAGAAGCUGCGGCUGUUAAGCUAGUAGAAAAAGUUAUCGAACAAGCCGAAGCUUCCAUUUAUCAGCCCGAAGAAGUGGAGAUACCUUCACAAUCUAUGGACACUGUUGAAGAACCCCACGCAACACAGUCGACAGAGGAUAGUAAUUAUUCUGUAACGGAUAGUAUCCCGGAACACACAGAAAUUCUACAAACACAAAAUGAAUCAUAUAUAGAAACAGGUGUGUUACAAACUUCUGAAGUAGAUUCUGUUUCUGAGGUUAAUCAAGAAGGAAAUGACGUAGUAGAUAUACUACCUACCGGAGAAGAACCAGAAACUGAGAGUGCAACUUCCACCGUACAUAUUACAAACGAAACUGGUUUUAAGACGAAAGAUUCAGACGAUGGUUCAGUGACAUUGGAUAGCAGAAUCAAGGAGAUUGAAGUUCAGCAGAUCGAAAAACCAACACAAGAAAUCGAAAUAUCGAAACAUCCAGAGGAACAAGUAAGCGAAAUAGUUAAAGUACUCCCAGUAGAAAUUUGCACCGAAAUAUUAGAGAUUAGGAAAAGUGUCGACGAUGAACUCACAGAAAUAGAAGGUCCUUCGGAAGUAUUGAUUACCGCACAAUCAGAUGAAGAAACUGUGAUCAAACAAAUUGCGGCUCAUCUAGACGACACAACUUUUGAGCAGCUAGAUCCUAGUGCUGUUAACGAAUCAUUGGAGCAAAUAAUUGUUGAACCCAGAGCAGAAGAGUUAGAUGAAGAAUCACCAACACAGUUGGAAGAAACAAUGAGCAAACAAACAGACAUUGCAUUGUCUACCGAAGUAUGCGAAACCGGACCUAUAGUUAGUCAAUCUGUAUCACUAGAACACAGUGUUGAAUCGUCGGACGUGGAAAAUCAAACAAGUAUAGCUUCACAAGAAAACGAAGAUUUUAGCAAAAAUUUCACUGAUGUCGAACAGUUGAAGAAUGAAAGCGGGCCGGUUGCCAAUGUUGAACACUCGACAGUUCAGGAAAGUGUUGGAAAGCCAGAUUCAAAAAACCAAAUAGAAACAGAAUCCUGUCAAACAGCUGAUCUAGAACUGGCAUCCACAACGGAUAAUUUGAAAAGCUUGAUCAUUUGUGAGACAGAUUCGGAAACGAUUCUAGAUGCAGAAGAGUGUGCAAUCCAAACGAUAGCAGCAAAUAUGAAUGAAACGAUAGUGAAACAAGCGGAAGAGGAAACUUUAAUCGCAUAUGAUAUGGUAAAUGAAAUUCUGGAGCAGGCUGAAGAAAUCGUUAAUGAACAGAUUCCUGAUGAAGCAUUUGAGCUGCCAACCUUUGACCCUGUUACACAAAAACUAGUAGACGGUCAAGUCGUAAAUCGAUAUGAUUUUGAAAACACGGGCGGUACCGAUGGUGAAUCAUCAAAUGUUGUAAAACCAUUGAUUGAACAAGCCGUAGACAAGAAAAGCUUGAAGAUUGAUAUAAUAGAGUCGAAUGAAAGUUUAGAUGAUAUUCCAUCGAAAGAUGAUUUAGUACAAGAAAUUAUUCAAGUUUAUGAACAACCGUGUGAAACAACGCAAGCGUUAGAUGAAGAAUCGACUGUUCAACUAGAAGAAACCGUUGGCGAGCAUAUGGAUGCUUCAAUGCCCGAAGAACAGGCUGUUUUGCUGUCUGAAACUCCCGAACGUUGCAUUGAAUCGUCAGAUUCCGAUAUUCAAGCGAGCUUAGUUUCACAAGAAAAUGAUGAUACGCAAAUAAAUUAUACUCAAAUAUCAGAAAGCAACGUUGUUGAUCAGCUGAAGCUAGAAAGUGGAUCGAUAGAUGAUGUAGAACACUUAGAAAUUGACGAAUCAGAAAAGCAUUCGAAAGAAGAAUCCUCUCAUGUCAGUACAGCAAUAUGCGAAUCCACAACAAACCGUCUUGAGGACUCGAUCGUUUGUGAGAUAGAAUUGGAAACGACUCCAGAUGCGGAAGAAUGUGCGAUCAAAACGAUAGCGGCUACGAUGGAGGAUUCGAUAGCGAAGGAUGAAGAAAUUCGGGUAGUCACGGAAGAGCUGGUGAAUGAAAUACUGGAACAAGCGGAAGAAAUCGUCAAUGAAAAGGUUUCCGAGGAGAAUUUUGAGCUGCCAACUUUCGAUCUCGCCACAGAAAUACUAGUAGACGGUCAGGUUGUGAACCGAAUUGAUUCUGAAAGCACGGACACUGUGGACGGAAAACCAUCAACAAUUGUAGAAUCACUGAGUGAGCAAUUCGUAGACAAGCCAGCUAGCACAACAGUUAGUGAAAUAGAGACGAGUAGUAGCUUAAAUGAUGCUCUGUUACAAGACGAGUUUGUGCAUCAAACGGGUCAAGUUGACGAUGAACCAUUGGAAGGUGCUCAGGAACAGUCAGAAGUAUCUGUUUCUGACGAAAUAUCAAAUGCCGUAUCCAACGUUGCUGUAGUUUGCGACGCAAUAGUUGAAUCUAUUAACUGGCCACUAGAAGAAAUUUCCCAGCCGACUGAAUUAAUAACGAGUUCUCUUCAUGAGGUUACAAACAUUAUCGAUUCGACGGAAAAUACAGCUUCAGAAUCAGUUAUACCUUUGGAGUUAGAUGAUACAGAAAACAUAUCGGUCAUCACAGAAAGUCAUACGAAAAAGCGCGUUUCAUUUGUUUUAGGUCCUAGUGAAGAUUCAGAAGAGUCAUCUUGCAGUCCAGAAGAUGAGAAAAUGAGUCUUGAUUUGGCAGAUAAGACAGCUCCUAAUCUAUCCGAGGAACAGUCCGUUUCAUUCCAAGAAAUAUCUGACAAGUCAAUUGAGAUAGAAUCGCAAAUCGUGGAAAAAAAUGAAGAUAUGUCAAGCACUCAGGAAGAGGAUGUUACCGAUUUAAUAGAUGAACAGACAAAUAUAGGCAAAACAUCACCAACAAUCGCAGAUUCUGAACAAGAACCUCUUGAGUUGGAUGACAAAAUAAUACCGAGAGAUGAUUAUGAAACUGUUGAGAGAUCCGACAGUUCUGAGCACGUAGAUGCUUCAAAAGACGAAACAUCCCCACAGGAUUUUGAAAUCAAGGAUACCGCUAUGAAUUUGGUAAACGAAGAAAUCAUAAUCGCGACUCAGGAGCAUAUUACUGAGCAACCUUCUGCAUCUCUCAUCACUGCUGAAAUGAUUCAAGCUUCUCUCGACAAUCAACCAAAAAUCCCUUUCGAGGAGCCCUUCAUUACUGUUGCCGAAAUCAGUGAAUGCACAGAGCAGCUCAGCUCCGAUGAUGUAGAUAUUAAAUUAGAAGAUGUCGGUGCUGCACUGAAAAAUGAUCAACCGAAUAAGUCUGACGAUCCAGUGGAAGUUGAAAUAGAGUUUAAGGUAGAAGAAACACUCAUCACUGUCGACAGUAACAUUAAAAAUAUCCCCGACACAGUUCCGGAAACCGCGCCUAUAAUCGAGAACGUGUUGGAAAUCACCGUUGAUAAUAGCACACAAUCUUCGAAUUUUGUCUCAGCUGAUGAGCCUGAGAACAGUUUUUCAUCUGCUGUCCCGCUUGUUGAACAAACAGUAAUAUCCAAAGAGAGUGAGGCUCAGCCAGACAUAGCUGAUCCAUCAAGAGAUGAAUUAGAUACUCUUUCAGAAACUCUUAUCACUACCGAAGAUCUAAACGAUUCCAGUUCCAAUGAACCAGUUAUUUACAAUGGCGAUGAAGCUUCCGUAGAAGUAGUUGUAAUGAGUGACGUUAGCGGUGAGGAAAAACAACCAGUAUAUGCUUACAGGCAAUCAGAGGGAUCUUCUGAACGAGGACCAACAAUAGAAGAGGUAGCUGAUGAUAGUGUUACAGCGUCAGUUGAAUGUAAAACUAGUGAAGAACAUAUAGUAACGGUUGAGGUUGAUAAAAUGGACUCAUCAGAGUUGAUUUCGGAAGUGUCUGAUGAAGCUACAACAGCUACUGCAAGUGCUGAGUCAGCUUCUUCUGUAACCGUGGUGCCACUUUUGGAUGUUAUUAGCGAAAACCAAGAAGACGUGCAGCCCAUAGAAUCUAAGGGGGAAGUCAUCCCUGAAGCUACUUCCAGUACGCAGGAAACAGAAGAAACGGAUAACGCCGAGACCGCAGAUACGAUCACAGAGCCGAAUGGUCAUAUAAUCAAAACACCAACAGAAAAGCCUAAUAGCAGCCAGCGCCCAAACUCGGAUGAUGAUGCAUCGAAGGUCGAGAAGCAACUUGAAACCGGCGCUGUACCGAAGAAACGCGAAACCAGUGUAGAUCGCGGUACAAUGAAAGUGAUACCGAUGGAGAAAAAAGCCAAAUAUGAAACGGGUAGGCAGCAGACUAGCCGUCCUGCUACACCGGUGCAGUCUGUCACGCUGGAUGCGACACACCAUGAAGCCGAUACGGCAGAGUCUAAGUGUAUCUUACUGGACACGCCACCGGUUUCCAAGGUAGUCGUCGCCGAUUCCGAUCAUUCCAUCGAAACACUAGACGCCUCCCACAAACACAGCGAAGAUGCUCCGUUCGACUUGAACCUGAUAGUCGUGUUUGAGUCCGUAUCGAAUCUGAACCAAGGUAGUAGCUUGGAACUUAACGUACUGUUAGGAUCUGAACCAACUACGAUUGUACAUCCCUCCGCAGCGACCCGAGUAGCAUCUCCGACGAGGGAGGUGGUGCUCAGCGGAAAAAUGAAAUUAUCGUUAGUCAAACUGGAUGACAAUGAGAAGAAGUCCAAUGAUGUUAUUGUGACGGAGGUACACGAGGGUGCUGAGAAGAAAAAAGACUCAUCACAAAAGACGUCCAGCCAAAACCAAGAAUGAAGAUAUACUUGUGAACCCCAAUGCAUCUCUGCGAGCAUCCUGAACGCAUAGUUCGGGAGCUUUAGAGAACACUAAUUCAAUGAUUGAAAGAGCUUAUCUUAUUUAAGAUCGGACUCAAAUAAAGAUUAGAAGGAAAAGCUCAAUUUUGCUAAGGUCCUAUUUUGAUUGACUGAGGAGUACAGUUGUAAUAACGUGACUACGAAAUACAGAUGGCCAAAUUAGUAUGUUUAAUUUCCAUAUUCUAUAAGUUGCACUGUAGCUUCUCUGUAAAUACCUUAGUAGCACAACUUAAUCGGCUCAAUUUUUAGGACAUAUUUGGUCCAACGAAAUGUCGCUCAGAUAUUGAAUUACACUUAAGCUGAUAAACGACUAUAAAUUCUAAAACUAUUUAUUCGUUACUACAUUUGAUGUCUAUUAAAAACUUGACACGGUUGUAAACAGUGAACGAAACCAACACUACUAGAAAUUUCGUGGUUGUUACGACUUUAUAUAAUUGCUUCGCCGCUCACUAACAGCUUCUCAUAUCAUUCGUUAUUACAAACUGUCUGUUAUCUUGCUUAAGUUAUUCAUUUUAGUUUAGCUUCAUCCGUAUUUAUAUAUUUCAGAGAAAUAGUAACGUAUAGAAUGCACCUAUAGAAUAAGUUCUUAUUUUAUGUUGAAACAUUGUGAAACCUACAUUCAAACAGUCUCAUUUACAUUGUUACCAAUAGAGCAGACAUUCUGCCUAAAUAAGCGAGUAGUAGCGAUGUUUCGAUAAAUAUCCAAGUGUAAAAUACAAACGGUUGUAAUACGCAGCAUACUUAUUGUGACAGCAAUAUGAUGUGUAAUAAAAUUGAUCAAGUUACAAA